UGUAAGCAUACACUACAUUCGUGAAAAAAUGGCAGCUGACGAUUAGAGGAAAGUGUGUGGAUUUUUACUCGAAAAAAGACGGUACUUAACGAAGCAACACGGUCACCGAGGAUACUUGGUCACCAGUGGGCGUCAUCUUUGAAGUGUCACCACUGGUCAUCAGGCACGAUGGGAAAGACUCCGCUGAAAGAUCAGAAAGAUGGCAAAAAAGAUAAAUUGGGAAGGACGGUUCCUCCAGCAGGUACGACUCCAGCAGCAACAAAAGAUUCUUUCAGCUGGGAAGAAUAUCUGAAAGAAACGUCAGCUAUGCCGGCUCCACCGAGCUGUUUUCGUCAGGCCAGAAUUCCUCCCUCCAACGACUUCAAGGUUGGAAUGAAGCUCGAAGCUCACGACCCGCGAAACUCCACCUCAGUCUGCAUCGCCACAGUGAUGGGUUUAACUGGAGUGCGUCUGCGUCUCCGUCUGGAUGGAAGUGACAACAGCAACGACUUCUGGAGGCUGGUGGACUCGUCCGAUAUUCAGCCUAUCGGCACAUGUGAGAAGAACGGAGACAUGCUGCAGCCACCGCUGGGAUUUCGGAUGAAUGCCUCUUCGUGGCCCAUGUUUCUGCUGAGAACAUUAAAUGGAGCAGAGAUGGCACCAGCAACAGCUUUCAAAAAGGAACCGCUGAGGCCUACACAGAACCACUUUAAGCCGGGCAUGAAGCUGGAGGCAGUGGACAAGAAGAACCCGUACCUGAUCUGUCCGGCCACCAUCGGAGAAGUGAAGGGCGACGAGGUCUUCAUCAUGUUCGACGGCUGGCGGGGGGCCUUUGAUUACUGGUGCAAGUACGACUCCAGGGACAUCUUCCCCGUGGGCUGGUGCUCCCUCACCAAGCACAGCCUCCAGCCUCCAGGCAACAGUGUUACGCUGCCAAAGAGCCUUCAGAUCCUCCCGGCGUCCCCCUCCAAGCCCAACAGGCGGGCCAUGCAGUCCCCCUACAGACUCCCCAACCCGCUGCCCCCUCUACCUGUCAGGAAGGGGGUGAGAGGCCGUCGACCAAAGAGCGAGACCAUCGCUCUGCUCAAAGCUGUGGCCGAGGCUGCCGCCGCCCAUAACGGGACUGUACCUGAGAACACGCAGCUGGUCCCCCGACCCCACAAGAAGAGGGGCCCCAAACCUGGAAGCAAGAGAAAGCCCAAAAUCCUCCAGAGCCCAGCACAGCUGCCCAGCAUCCAGGUCCCACAAGAAAGCUCCCCCAGCCACAACUCUGUGGUUUCAACAGUGUGUGUGUAUGUGAACAAGCACGGAAACUGCGGUUCCCACCUGGACAGGAAGCAGAUGCAGCGUCUGCCUGACCACUUUGGCCCGGGUCCAGUGAACGCCGUGCUCCAGAAGGUGGUCCAGUCCUGUAUAGACUGUGCGUACCAGCCUAAAGUCCUGCUCAGCGCUCUGCAGACGCACUCAGGAGGAGGAGAGGUUGUUAGAGUGAGAACAGAUGGUGGAGUCUGCAUGGUCAAACUCCCAGCAGCCUCCAGUGCUUCCUUUGUGCUGCGGUUCUUGGAGACGAUGUGUCGUCAUCUGCAGUGUGACAACCUGUUCAGCAGUCAGCCGUUCAGCCACUACACAGCGUACGACAGGACCAAGUCAGUGAAAGAAGAGGUGUUGGACGCCCCAUCUCUUGCUCGAGGAAGUAAACGGAGUCUCUCUGGAAUCUCUCCUUCAUAUGCAGCUCCUCUAUCCCCCAAACAUUUACGUACCGAAGCUCAUCCUUCAGAAGCAGAGACUUUGCCUCAUGAAGAGAACGGUCACAUAAAGGAGCAGCGCUACAUGGACUCGGCCUCCAACUCCAUGACCCCCCGACCACAAACAGCACGCAGCUCCUCAGAGUACCACUCCCAAACCAGCAGCCUCUACCACGCCGGCAACGCCACCACCAUGCGCCGCCUCUCCUCCAACCCUGGAGAGCUCAGCUCCACACCGCCCCUCAGACGAGUGGAAGCCAGCUCCACCACCGGUCCUGAAGCUCUGGGGUCUGAGCGGGAGAGUCUGCAGCUGCCCAGUAAGAACCCGUCGUCCUGGUCCAUCGAGGAGGUGAUGCAGUUUGUGAGGGACGCUGACCCCACAGCGUUAGCUCCACACGCUGAACUAUUCAGAAAACAUGAGAUUGAUGGGAAAGCUCUGAUGCUGCUGCGGAGCGACAUGAUCAUGAAGUACAUGGGUCUGAAGCUGGGGCCUGCACUGAAGCUCUGCCAUCACAUAGAUCGACUGAAACAGGGAAAACUGUGAGAGCAGGCCCGUGUGUUCCCGUCCCUGUCAGACCCAUGAGCAAUAAAACUCCGACAGAGCCGGACUCAUGGGGGCCGCAGGGGGCCACAUGUUACUCUGACUGAUGUUACAACUUCCUCCUGACUUCCAGAGCGGAGAAAGUGUGCCGUGCAGUGCUGACACAUUACCUCAUCCCCUCAUCAGUGAAUGAAAAAACUCUCUGAAAUCCCAAAGGAAAGAAUCCCUGCAGUGUUUACAUUGCAUAGCACACGUGGACACGCUUUUUUUUUUACGGAGAUGAAAUCUUUUGAUCCUGGUUUUGGAUCCCCCAAAGAUGGAGAAUGUUUCUUCUUAUAUAAUGUUUUUAUUAUUGUCCAAUUUCCACUUAUUAAGGAAGAGUUGGUAUACUGAAACAAAAAAAACAAAAGACAAAUCCGUCAGAUGUUCUUCCCCAAGAGAAUCUGGAUGCUCUCUGUUUAGUUGUUUUUCACUCUUCAUGUACGCCUGGAGGUCCGACAGAUGUUUUCAUUGGCUUGAAUAUUGUCAGAAUCCUUAACGUUUUUUAACUGAAGCUCUCAUUUUCCACGAGUGUCCUGCAGGAUCAUUCUCUGCUGUGUGGCACCAUGUAUUAUCAUUGUGUCUUAGUGGAUGCUCUGUGGGCUCCCAACGCAGGUCUCAUCACACUCACAAGUAACACCCUCAUCCAUUUUAAACAGAUCGUUAAGUACGUGCAAACAAACAUUUCUAAGGGCUUUUUAUGUUUACUUUUCCUGUAAUAAUUCUAAUCAUGGCAGAGCCUGUGUCCACAAAGUUAUUUUCUGGCAUGGCGCUGGGAUGAAGAGCUUCUGCAUUGAGAGAAAACAAACACACAUGCAGUAGGGUUUUGUUUCCAAGACAACAACAUUUGGUUAUCUAUCAUGGAGGGUUUGCAUAUAAUCAUUAUGCAGCUAAUAUGUUGUGUAUUUGUUUAAGGUGGUUUUUCCCUAUGAGCAUGAACUGGAUGGAGGGUGCUGCCCCUUGAUUGUUUUAUUGAAAGAUGAGGGAAAGAGUCCCUCAGUUGUAUAUCAAGUAAGAGAGGCAUUAAAUGAUCUGAUGAGGACAAAUAUGAAGUAAUAUUAUGGCCUCAUCCAAAAGUUAUUAAAGGCUUCUUAUGUGAUUUUUCACACUUAAAUGUAAUAUAAAUCAAGUAUAUCCUCUGAAAAUAACUCUGUGAGUCAUGACUGUC